AUGUCGUCAGUGAGGUGUAAGAUAAGCCGCGCAGCCAGUACCAUGCGCUUUUGGCCCGGUCUGUCUGGAUGGUUGGAGCAAAACGUUACUCGUUUAAUCAUUAACAACCAAACUUGCAAUCCUCGUACCAUGGCUUCAAAAGUAGUGUCAAUAGAAAAUAUAAAUCCAAAUAAUGUGAAGUUGAAAUACGCUGUGUGUGGGUCGCUAGUCAUUUGUGCUGCUGAAAUAGAAAAGGAGCUUAAAGAGGGCGCCAAAAAACCUUACAAAAGGGUUAUCAAGGCGAGCAUUGGCGAUGCUCAAGCUAUGGGACAGAAACCUAUCACGUUCAUCAGACAGGUAUUAGCAUGUGUGAGUUACCCGGAGCUAAUCGAAAAGUACGACUUUCCCUCGGACGUGAAGCAGCGGGCCAGGGAAAUUCUGGGGGCAUGCGGCGGUGGGUCGGUGGGCGCGUACUCGAUGUCGCAUGGCAUCGAGUCGAUCCGGCGGCACGUGGCAGAGUACAUUGAGCGGCGCGACGGCCACGCGUCCGACUGGCGCAACGUAUGGGCGCAUCGGCCGGCGCAUCAAACGCCAUCAAGAACGUUCUCCAGCUUCUCUGCAACAAUAUCAACGGAAGACCGUCAGGUCGGUGAAAUUCUUUUUUACCCAACUUCAACAAGUGUGAUGAUCCCCAUUCCGCAGUACCCGCUGUAUUCGGCGUCUUUGGCUAUGUACGGCCUGGAGCAAGUCGGCUACUAUCUGGACGAGGAAAGCAACUGGGGACUUGACAUAAAAUGUAUUAGCUGCUUAGUCGUCAUCAACCCGGGAAAUCCCACGGGACAGGUGUUGACGCGCGAGAACAUUGAAUCAAUUCUGAACUUCGCAUACAAGCACGGCUUGCUUUUGUUUGCUGACGAGGUGUACCAGGAUAAUAUCUACGCUGAGGGCAGCGAGUUCUACUCCUUCAAGAAAGUGGUUCGCGAGAUGGGCGAGCCGUACAGCUCAGAGCUGGAGCUGGCAUCGUUCAUGUCGGUGAAUAAAGGCUACAUGGGAUAA